CGAUAUAUUAGAUAUACAAAGAGUAUGUUAUAUGACGUCACUGAAUCCCGGAAGGAAGAUGCUGGAAGGAGCGGGCAGAACUCGCCCUCGUCUGGGAUCAGCAGAAACUACGUAGAAGGCGAACUGCUCUCCUCGCGUUAUAGACGCUAAAGUGAAUAAACCACAGCUGCCAGGAUGGCAAUGUCCAUGACCAAAGGUGAGGAUGUAACAAUAAUCACUCUGAAGUCAGACCCUAAAAGCAACUGUCCCUUGGUGUGCCAACUCCUGGGAACCCUUUGCUACAGCCCUGUGUGCAACGUGUCCCAACGACUGAGGACCCUUCUGGGGGGUUACCAGUCAGUGCUAGCUACACUUCAAAUAAUGCUGGGGGUGUUUACCGUAAGCCUCGGAGCAGUUACCUGUAGAAGCUACUAUUGGACUUACUUGUCAUCUGGUGUUCCUUUCUGGCUGGGUGGAACAUUUAUUGCUGUUGGAGUUUUGGGCGUUUUUGCUGAAAAGUUCCCCAGUUCUUUUUUGGUGUUUCUGAAUGCAUUUGCCAGUCUUGCUAGUUCUGCCUUGGCUGUGGCAGCGAUUAUACUGUAUUCUCUUGAUCUCGCUGUGGGACAAGGUCUCAGUCAUUUUUGUCAGUGGUCGAAGGAAGAGAGGAAUAGCGGUUACUGGAUAACAACUUUUCCCCCUGAAGUGGACAGCAUGAAGGAAAAAGAGUGGAAGACAGAGCUUGAACUUUGCAAGAAUGAAAAGUACAUUGUGAUGAUGAUGCUAGGAGGAAUCAAGAUACUGUUGAUUGUUCUUGCUGUUGUCCAUCUCUGUGUUGCCAUCAGUACCUCCGUUUUGACUGUGAAAGCUCUGUACAGGAAUUGCAGAAAUGGAAAGAAGAACUGUGAACUCCAGAAACCUUUAUUGGAAGAUAUCUCCAACAACCUUGAUGCUUAAAAGAAGAGUUGUUGAAAAAAUUCUGGCACUUCUUACAUGUAACUUUUUUUCUGCAUGUUAUUUUUCCUCAUGUUUGUUUGUAAUUUUGGGCAACCUGGAGAGAAAAGAUAGCCUGUCAGAUGCUAUUCUCAGACUAUCGGAGAACCUUGUAUCCUUUUACAGCCUAUUAUACACACGCUUCAGAUCUGGAAUAGUUUUUUUUUUUUUAUUUCACAUUUAAGAAAUAUCUAAUGCUUGCAAGGAAUAAAGCAGCAGUGGCUAUACUGAAGUCAAUUUAAAAUGUGAUUAUUUGGGUGCUUCAGAAAAAUGAGCCAACUGAGCUGUCUAAAUUAUAGGCACCAACAUUAAAUCCUAAAAUACUGUUUCAAUAUGUUUCUUUUGGAAAACUUGCAUUAAAGGACUGAAAUGAACAAUAUAAUUUCACUUACAUUAAUAAUUCAAAGUAAAAUGUAAAGCUUUCAUAUCUUAAUAUGAUUAAACUCUAUUUGCUCAUA